AUGUCUCCUCAUUUGCCUUCACCUACGGCACCUCCAACUACCGCUACAUCUGACGGCGGCAUUCCCGCGACUGCAUCGACUAUUGGUGAUGUCAUGUACAACGGCACCAUGAAUCUAGAGGAAGCCGACUCGUGUCUGAUGGCAUUUGGAGCUAAACAACUUCGCACAGAGUGUUACCUCCGGCAGCUACGUAUCGUUAAAAAGGACCCGGACGCCAACGACCACAAGUCAAACCGAUCAAAGUGA